CAGGCGGAUCCUUACCCCGCCGACUUGGAGUACGGGAUCCCGGAAGCGGAAAAGGAGCGCGGCCCGCCUGGGCGGCGGAGGUACUGGAGGAGGAGGAGCUGGAGGAGCCGCAGGCGGCCGCAGGAGUGAGGGCGGCGCGAGGAGAGCCAGCCGGUGUCCGUGAGUGUGUGCAGGCGCGGGGGCGACGAGGCCACCCUUCCCUGGGCCCCGCCCGCAGCUCCUCCGCGCCCGCCGCCCUCACCUGGCCGCGCUCCCGCCCCGCGCCCUGCCCCCUCCCUGCACCUGUCUCACGCACCCGCGCGGAGCCUCGGGAGUUCUGGGUGCCCCGCUCACCCCUGGCCUGGCCUUCUUCAGAGCAUCUUCAGCCAGAACUGCGACUGCCCGCCAGCUGCUCCUCCCAUUACCUAGUGGUGGGAGAGUUCCUGCUCUAGUCGAGGUGGUUUGGAUUACUUCUGUAUUUCAGGAUUUCUGCUUGAAGAGACUUCAUGUCAUCCUCCCGACAUGCUUGCAGCAUGGUAUUAGCUGAAGGGCUGUACCAUGUGAGGUUUCUCGUCUGUGACAAGUAGUUCUCCAACCUCAGUGUUAUAGAAAAGUCUUAUGGAAAACUGUCAUUGAAGAGAAAUCCAUUUGUUGGAAUGCGGUAAAAAGAGAAUGAAUCAAGAUCAAACAUCUAAAUGCAAGUACCAGAAGAAUCACAACACGUCGCAGUGAAUUUGCAAGUGGAUCGUCCUUCCUUGUGGGUCAGCAGGCAGUUGUAGCGCUACAAAAUGGGUCUCCGGAUUCACUUUGUUGUUGACCCACAUGGUUGGUGCUGCAUGGGUGUGAUCGUCUUUGUCUGGUUAUACAAUAUCGUCAUAAUUCCAAAAAUUGUCCUCUUUCCUCACUAUGAAGAAGGACAUAUUCCAGGCAUACUAAUAAUAAUAUUCUAUGGCAUUGCCAUAUUUUGUCUGGUUGCCUUAAUAAGGGCCUCGAUAACUGAUCCAGGAAGACUCCCUGAGAACCCUAAGAUCCCACAUGGAGAAAGGGAGUUCUGGGAAUUAUGUAACAAGUGUAAUUUGAUGAGACCAAAGCGUUCCCACCACUGCAGCCGCUGCGGCCACUGUGUUAGGAGAAUGGAUCAUCACUGUCCAUGGAUUAACAAUUGUGUUGGUGAAGAUAAUCAUUGGCUCUUUCUGCAGUUGUGUUUCUACACUGAACUUCUUACUUGCUACGCACUGAUGUUUUCUUUCUGCCACUAUUAUUACUUUCUUCCACUAAAAAAGCGUAACUUGGACCUCUUCGUUGUUAGACAUGAAUUGGCCAUAAUGAGACUGGCUGCCUUCAUGGGCAUCACUAUGUUAGUUGGAAUAACGGGACUCUUUUAUACUCAACUAAUUGGUAUUAUCACAGAUACAACAUCUAUUGAAAAGAUGUCAAACUGUUGUGAAGAAAUAUCGAGGCCCCGAAAGCCAUGGCAGCAGACCUUCUCAGAAGUUUUUGGCACUCGUUGGAAGAUCCUGUGGUUUAUUCCUUUCAGGCAGAGACAACCACUGCGAGUUCCCUACCACUUUGCCAAUCACGUCUAAACAGAUGGAUGGUGGGCACAGAUGGGUCCUCCAUGCUGGAAAUGCGUUACAGGUUUUCUGAUAAUAGAACGAUGACAGUCUUCAAGUCAAUUAAAAUCCACCCACCAAUCUGAGGCGUCAUAAUGUGCCCCAGGCUUUAUUUUAAUAGUGAUCUUGAUCCUGUUGUGGGACUAAUACAAGAUCUAUAUUUAAGUUUUAAAGCAUGUUUACUUUCAAAUUAGCUUUCCACAGGGAUUUCUUAAAAUGCUUUUGUUAUUAAGCUCAAAAGGCAGUGAUUGGAUUGAAAUCAUUGUACAUAAUUUCUUUUAGAUCUGACAAUAUUAUAGAUUUUUAAUUUAUGGGAAUUUUCAGAUGUUUAUUUAAAAUUUUCACUCUUAAACAGUACUAACCAAAUCUGAAUUUAAUUCUUCAGGUUUUACACCUUACAUGUAAAUUUUCUUUUUCAAAUACAGCUUAAAAUAUGUUAAUACUUUCUUUUAUAUGUGCUGCAAGAUUUUAUUAAGUGCAGCGUAGGACUGAACAACAACAAAAGGGCAGUGUUUUCUCAGAAGUAGCUUUCUAAUGUUCUCUUCACCAACAACAAAAACCCCACUAAAUUACCAACUACCUACCUUAUUUUAAAGGAAAAAUCAAUUUUUUUCAUGUUCACAUUUCCAUUUCUUUCUCCUAUACUGCUGUAAUUUUCAUUGCUGUUAAUAUAUUUGCUUCGAGUAGACAAUUUUGACUAAGUGGGCAUGUAUUCCUGUUUUACCCUAAGAUUUUGUUGAGCAAAAGGAAAGCGAAUAUGCAGUAAUUCCACAGAUACCUUUUCUUGGUGCAGUUAUGCCAGGAUGUGUGUUUUUAAAAUGCUGGUGUAGCCAGUAAUGUGUACUGUACAGUAUAAAGAGGAAUGUUGUCCUUUUGAAAAAAUACAUAUACUUUUUACUUUUAAUUAAAAAUACCUACUAGUAGAUCUAAAAUUACACACUGAAGGUUUACAUAUAAUAAAUAUUGGCCAAUUAUUCCUGAAAUUCUAUCUAUAGGAAAUUACUAAUAAAAAUAAGUAAAUAACUUUUGUAUACCUAAAUUACCCAAAAUGAAAUUAAAUUUUAGUUAGCUAACUAUGAUUUGCAUUGAAAGACCUUUUUGUAGCUAAUGUUAGGAAAUGGCGUUAAAAUAAAAUAAUCUACAUUUAUUAUUAGCUUUGUACAGAUUUAAACUGCUCAGAGUGAUGGGUCUCUUGGAAAGCAUAGAACAUUUGUUUGAAAAGACCUUUAGCAUGCUUUGAACAAAAUUCAUUUUUAACAUUUUUUCCAUUAGAAUAUUGCAAAGUCCAUGUGUCUUUUUUGAAAAUUUUUAUACACAGUCUUUCCCUUGAAGAGAAGAUUGAAGGAGUCUACUUACUUGCAGCAUAUCAAUAGUUUUUUUUUUUUUUUACUUAAAUUUGAUAGUAGGGAAUCCUACCUGAGACAGAUACUAAGCAACAGCUGCCAUUGUCAGCGGGUUAACUCUACUGUGGUUACUUCUUUCAGAAACUGUAAAUAUCUUCUAAAAUAAUGGAAUAAGCUGUUCUCAGAGAUGUAAGUGCCAUGUCUUACAUGUUCUGACUAUACUGUCUUAUUACCUAAAAGUUUAGACGUGGCAGAUUAAAAUACGUAUUGGUGCUGAUAAGAUGCAUAGUAAAUUUAAUAUGAGAAAUGUAUUUAUAGAGCUUAAUGAACCACAUUAGUAUGUUCACAUCAUGGGAGUGGGUUGGAUUUUGUGCAGGCUAACAUGUUGACCAAAUUUGGCUUGGUGACAGGACUGUUAUAAGGAAGUAAUGUAUAGGUAAUAUACAGGUAGAUAUCCAUUGAAUGCCCUAACUGUAUACAUUCCUUUCAAAUGAGGACCUUGAGGAAACAAGAAAGGGAAGUGAAGAUCCCUUAAAGAACUUUAUAGGCUCAGUUAUACUUCAUCUAGUAGGAGGAGUGACCUGGAAACGUACAUGGGAGCUGCUCAGAGCCAACUUCUUCCUCAAUAAUGAGAACCAGAGGUGUCCCUUUCACCCUACGAGGAUUUUGUUUUUCUUAGAUUUACCAUUUCUAGAGCACAUGCUCUUCCCUCUUUUCUCUAUACCCUCUCUAGCCUGAUCCCUCUGUGCCUGACUCCUCUGGUACUGCAAUACACACUCAUACACUAGGCAAGGCAUAUAUUUAUUUUGUUUGAAUGGCAAAAAUGGUACAUAUCAAUAUAUGAAUAUAUUUAUAUAAGACUCUAUAUUAAGGGAUAUAUGUAUAUAUCCCCAAAUGCUUAACUGGGUUUUGUUAAUCCUUGUUAAAGGAGGAAAAACUAACGGGCAGUUAGGUCUUCCUUGGGAGCACAUGAGCUCUAGUGUUCUCGCUGCGCCCUCUUUUGGCAAUUGGUGUAAUUAGAGUGGAUCUAGAGACUACUGCCCCACAAGUAAAUUGUAUAGCCAAAAUCAGAACCUGUCAGAGGUACACUCCGUUAGGGGGAGUGUAUGUACAGAACUGUUAUGUUUUAUGAAAAUUAAUGGUUUGUGUUUAUGAUAUCACAUCUAGUUCAUACAAAUGAUGACUACUUUUGUUUUAUUUAUGUAUAUUAUAUUUUUUACUGUCAUUUACACAUUUAGAUCAGAUUAGGGUAAACAGAUGUAAACCAUUUUAUGAAUUUUACUUUAUUUUUUAAACUUUUAUUUUUAUUUAUUUUUGUUGUGUUUUUUCAUUGCCAUUUGUCUCUGCUACACCUUCCACCUCCACUGCCUCCCUCCCCCUCCCCUUCCCUGGCAAUCACCACACUGCUGUGUCUGUGAGUUCUUUUGGCAAAUUAAGUCCUUAGAAUUAGAAAAGACAGAACUUUAAAAUUACUAUUUAUUAGAAAACACAGAAAUAAUUUUAGUUACAUUGGCAAGCAAGUAUCUAAUGGGUCUUACUGAAUAUCUAAAAAAUACAUUUAGUGUUUUUAAUCUCAGUUUUGGAAUCUUUUUUUUUUGCUGAUUUUAUUACACUAAAAUAGUAGAAGGUUAAUGAUUCUUUUUAUACUUCCAUUCUUUUUUAAUUUUUCUACUUAGAGUCAUAGCUGUAGCUUUAGUAGCCAAUUUAUUAUGUAUUCUGUAUAACCAUGAAAAUAACUAAUAAUGUGUUGAGUGUUAGAAAAUAAUUAUGAGUCAUGAGGUAACUGAUACAGUCUGCAUAUUGGGUAAAGUAGUUUCUCACAAACAUUUUAUUCCAUUUUAAUAAGCAAAAUAUAUUUUAAGGGAUGUUUUACAUCAGCAAAGUCAUUAAUUUGGCCUCUGGAAAUGAUUUUUACCUAGACAUUGUAUGUUACACCUCUCGAACAAUUAUAUUUGUUGUUGUUGUUUUUUUCCUUAAACAAAAAUCUUGAAGGGCUCAAGAGUGUAGGCAAAAAUUGACUGACUUCACAGUCCCCCAGACAGUAGGCAUUCAGCUAAUGUGCUUUUGGUACUAUGUAACCAAGACCGACAGUUUAAAAAUAUUAAGUUAACUAAUGUUCCAUUAUAAGAAAAAUACUAUUUUGCUUAAGGGUUGUAUUAAAAAUACUUGUGGUUAACAUAAGAGAUAGCUAUAUUUAAAUUUUUAAUGUAUUAAUCUCUGUAACAGAAGAAAGCAUAGUUUACUUUUAAUAGUAAAUAGGAGUAGAGAACAUAAGCUACAUAAAAUUUAGUAUAAAAGUAGAGGUAAAAGUUCUGUGAGAAUGAACAUUAGUAAAUUUUUGCUAAUAUUUAGAGGUAUUUUUUUCUAAGGAUGGUAGCUAAUUAUAACUAUUCUUCACCGGGCUUUUUCAAGUCACUUCCAUACAAGCAGUUAGUUGAAAAUAUGUUUUACUUGAAAGGGGUUAAUAAUUCUGAGUGCUAAUCAUGAAGACUUUAGGACAACACUUUAGUCAGGAAGUGUGAAGUAACUUAGAGUAUGGCCACAGUGUUCUAUGUGUUAGGUCGGGGGGCAGUUCGAGUGUCCUCAGAUGAAUUGCUAUAAAAUCACAGUGUGUCCAGCCCUGCUUUACGGUGGCAUUAAUACUAACAAAGCUGCUAGCCUCCCCUACAUUUUUCUCUGGUCUCUAUACUUCCCUUACACUUCAUGGAGAAAUAGAUCACCUAGCUCAAGUCUACUAUUGCUGCUUCAUUAAAUAAGUUUUAUACAUGACCUCUACUAUAUAUAGAUCUAUAUAGAAUUUAUUUGAUAAAUUUAUACUUACAUUACCUAAUUUACUAAUAGAUACAAAUAGAAGUUUUUUUACCCAGUUCUACCACUGUGGUUUUCAAAAAUGUAAGUAUUGACAAAUGUAGUUAGUAACUCAUGCACAUUUGGUAUGUUCUACUUUCUAGUCUUGUUAACCUAUAGUUAACAAAUGAAUUAGUUUAUUAUUUAAUGUUCACACUUGUUACCUUCUAUUUUAAGAAGCACCCUCUGAAUUUAUAUCUAAAUAACAAAUGUCAUGUUCUGAAUUUAGCCAUUCUCAAUUGAAUUCUAGAAUAAUCUACAGUAGAAUGUGAAAAAGAAAUAGAAUCAGUUUGCCUAAAAUAUUUGGAACCAAUGUCCUUAUUCUGUGUAUUACUGUUUAGCACUUCUGCUGCCUUCAGGGUGAUGAUGGUUUAACUCCAGGAAAGUGACUUUCUUCAGACAUCCCCUUUCAUUAUUAUUGUGUAGUGUUUAACAACAAAAUUUACUGUGUUUUUGUCUGUUCUUUAGAUGUUGUAAUAGUGACUGCUAGUGCUAAUUGGAAAUAGAAAUAACAAUGGUAUUUAAAUUUCUUAAGUUCUGGGUAUUGCCGAUAUUUUUCAUUAUCAUUGUAUUUUUUUACUUUCAUGUCCUUUUCCCCAGUAAGUACAAGUGAGUAGUGAGUAGUCAAAAUGGUAGAAAGGAAUUAGGAGAACUGACAAAGACGGUGAGAAGGCCGGACAGAGAGCGUGGGGAAUCAGCAGACUAGAACAUUUCUGUGACGUCAGGAAAUUCCCCAGCUGCCAUCAUUAGCCUUGUCUCUUGCUGAUAACAUUUUACUCUAAGAGUUCUUAAUGCACGUGAGCAUUUUAGUUUGAGUUAUCUAAGGAAUUUAUAUUGCUGAUUCUCUUCAGCCGGUCAGAUGCCUUUGAGAAAUUAUUUUAAAUGUUAAAUAUUAUAAUUGCAUAGGGUGUGGUAACAGGAAUUGUUAAGAAAGUGCAGCUAGUUAGUGCUGAGGAGAAAUACAGAAGUUGCCCAAAGUUUUAAAAAACCGGGACUCUUCACAAGUCUUGUGAUAAGUUUGUGUAUAAGGGGUGAUUUUCACUUUAAAAUUGUGCUGUUUUGGAGUUCUUGAUACCUCCAAGGUCGUCUCCAUACCGGUUAGUAUUGUGAAUACCUGUGACAUGGAAUGCGGUGCCUGCCACAGUUGUUCAACACUGUUCUUCUCAGUACUGAUAGUUUUAUGUAUAAACAGUAGUGUGGAUAAAAUGGCAACAAAACAGGCAUGUUUCUUGUUGUGGCUUUGCUUGCCUUUUUGACUACGUACAGGGUUUAAUUGCAUUGAUUGUUAACUACAGGGAGAGGUUAGCUGCAUAUCACAAGCUCUGUGUUCUUGCCAGUGUUCAUUGGGUGACAGUUUAACCUACCGGUGCCUGAAGUCAGUGUCCUCCAGCCUCGACAACUAAAACAUCCUGGUGCUACUCAUCAGCAUGGAGUGACGUUUUUAUUUCCUGUACCAAAGAGGUUGUUUUCUUUUUGGUUAACUGAGAGUUUUCAUCUGACAUCCUUAUGUUUAUAAGGUAGAAUUUAAUGUUACUAAGAACAAUUUUGAUUACUGGAUCUUAGUUUUUACACACUGCUGCCUCAAUUUAAUUGGUUUUAAAUGCCUCCCAUUUGAACUUUUUUCCUGAGUUAGGAAGAUUAGUAUGUUUUUUCAUUUGGUAUUUUUAUACAGAUUGGCUACUUUAAAAAAGUAGUUUCAUGGGUUGAAGUUGCAAAAGAUAAUCUUCCCACAAGAUAUUUUGGUUGUGCUUUACUUCUGCAGAAAUACAUGAGAACUAGUAAAAAGUAUACUUUCAUUUCUGUAAAUGAACUGAAUAGCUUAUUGGGCCCUUUUCAUGAAUGCUGAAACGGAAAGGUCAGGGUGCUUUCUGAUCACAAGUGAGGAAUUCUGCAUCUCUCUGUGUAUAAUCCUUAAUGCCACUAAAGAAUGAUAUUGUCUGUUUUGCAAACAAAGAUAAAGAACACUUUAAAAAUAUACAUAUAUAUAUAUAUAUAUAAACAUUUCCCAGGAAGAAAUGCAAAUGUACUUGAUUUAAACAAAACUGUAAUAGAAAAUUGAACUCGACCAAAAAAAAGUCUCUAUGUUGUUACUCACUUCACAUAAAAAGUUGAGUAUUUUAAAAACUACUUCUGUUUAGUGAUUCAUUUUACAAACAAAUGGGAAAAAAAACCCUUUAGAGAUACUUGUAGUUGUCGAAAUAUAAUAUUGCUAUGUUUACUAUUCUGGUUUUCUAUGUUUUUCCAUAAAUUUUAAAGACAUUCAUUGAGUGUCCUUAAAACUGUGGCUGAAAUGCUUUAAAGUCCUGGCGAGAAGGUAACAGUGUAUAUGUAGAGGAAAAGUAGUCCCGUUUCAGAAUGUUUUGCAUCAUUUUCACUAAAAAGUUAUCUCAUUGAAUGUAGACAUGAUACAUGGUUUUGCAUUGAAUUCUGAAUGGAAAAAAGGAAUCAAGUCUGAAGCUUACAUUAAAUAUGACUUAGGAUCAUGUAAACGAUAACAUAGAAAUAAAGAUAUAUAUGUUGUUAGAGGUAAAAGCAAAAUUUGAAAACAAAAUGGGAAGAAGCAACAUGAUGUCUCUCUAAUUGUCAACAGUGUAUUCCCUGCAUAUUGUUGCCACAGUAUCAGUCCUGAGUUGUUUGGCUUGUUUAUGUGUUAUUUAAAUUACUGGGGCCGAAUACAGUGUUUGUUCAAGUAACUGGAUAGUGGAGUUCUCUACUACUCUGUCUACCACAGAUGAAUAAUGAAAAGAAAUUUCUACUUUAGCAGUGGUAGAAUAAAGCAAGUAAGUGAUAUAAUAGGAGGAGUUUCCACCACAGAGAUGCUUGGACAAGUGAGCUGCAAUUCUGAGGAGGAAGGAUUGGGUCUUGGGCGGACCGAGCCACGGGUAUUGUGCUCGUGUGAGCUUUAUGUCCCUGCAAUUAGUCUUUAAAAAUCUGACCAACGAGUGUAAUGAAUAGGCGAAGUCUGUGAUAUUUACAGACUCCUAAAAUUUUGUAUCAAUCUCAAAUUGUCUAAUAUUAUAUAUCCCUAAACAAAGGACUUUUAUUUUAAUAGUGGUAUGUUCCAAGUGCCAUGUAUCUUAUUUUUUGAUUAGGUAAUUAUUUCACUCAGUGCAUAUGUUUACAUGUGAGUGCUGUUCCGCUGCACUGUCUGUUUUUCCUUGUCUAUUCCCCUAAGAACAUUUAAAGAAAAUCUUCAGUAACAUUUGUAAUGCUAAUGGUAAUAUGGGUUAUAGUAAUUGAGAAAUAAACUAGAUUGAGAAGAGGGAGGGAAAAAUGUACAAGUGUGAGCCAUGUAUCUGAGAUAAUACUUGUUUAACUGAAGCAUCUACACUGGUUCUUAAAAUGAAAAACAAGCUAUGUGUCUACCUUGAGGAUAAUGUUUUUUAAUUUAUUUUAGUGAUUUAGUUUUAUUCAUGUAAUAUUUCUGUUUUUCUUUGCAGAUUGUUUUUAAUUUAAAUCAUGGAAUUUUUACUUCU